UAUUAAAGGUGGGUGAAGGUGCCAAUUUUCUCUUAAAAAUUAUCACUGUCUUUCUGGGGAUAGAGUUUGGGAGUGGAGUCGCAUUUCAAUUUCAUUUCGAUUUCAAGGCGUUUGCCCAAAAUAUAAAAAAUCUUUUUUGUUCUUUUCUGGUGAUUCGUUUGUUUCCAAACAACUCUCAGAUUGGUAUGGGAAUGGAAUUCAAAAACAUGGUGUCCUUGGUUUCUCGUAACGGAAGGCAUUUACAACGUUAUAGCAAAGGUCGUCGCCAAGUCGUUGGAUGUAUCCCAUACAGAUGCAAAGCUACCAGUCAGACAUUCUCUGGGGAAGAAGACUUAGAAGUUCUUGUUAUUAGUUCUCAGAGAAAAGGCAAAGGAAUGUUGUUCCCUAAGGGCGGCUGGGAAAUUGAUGAAACGAUAAAAGAAGCAGCUCUACGAGAGACUGUUGAGGAAGCUGGGGUAUUAGGCAUUGUUGAGGGCGAACUGGGUAAAUGGAAUUUCCAGAGCAAAAGCAACGAUGCUUAUUAUGAAGGAUGCAUGUUCCCCUUGCUUGUUAAGGAGCAACUAGAUUUAUGGCCAGAGAAAGACAUCCGCCAAAGAGUAUGGAUGAGUGUGCCGGAAGCUAGAGAAGUUUGCCAGCAUUGGUGGAUGAAGGAAGCCCUAGAAAUAUUAGUACAUCGUCUCACAUCGCCACAACAGCAUGACGAGAAAGUAGUAGGACCUUGUUGAUUAAGCUAGGAAGGGAAAUCUAAUCUAACUCGUAAAUAGAAAAUUGUUGGACACCAUAACAUUGUGGUGAUUCCGGAAGAUGACUUAUCAGCAUUAAAGCAAUCGGACUAAGAGUGAUAUAACAUUCUGAAGAACGGGAAGAGCGUAAGUAGGAAGAUCUGGAUCUUGUUUCCCGGGAUUUUUAAUUUUGGAUACAAAAUGGUUUCAUGUUGGAGUGAACACCACAGUGUUAUGUUGAGAAUUAGAUGCAAAAUUUUUGAAAAGAACAUAUGUACUACUCUCUUAUUAGUGAAAAUUGUUGGACUUUUCUUGCCAAAUUGUGGUUUAGGUUG